UCUUUUGAAAAAUAUCCCAAAACAAAUUCGGAAAAUAAUAAACAGUGGCAAAAACAUAUCAUGCGCAUAAAGUAAAAUUGAGAAAAACAAUAUUUAAACCAAAGCAAAUAUACAUUAAAGGGAGCACAAAAAGCAGAUUAGUAGAUGGAAAUUGUCAAACGAAGUGAAUAGAAUUGAUUGUCUGAAGAAGCAAAUCACCAACAACAUCAGAGCGACCAACAACAGCAAUCGAGAUACAGAGUGUCGGUGUGAAUAGAACAGAAUAGAAGUGAAAAAGUAUUAGCGGCGGCCGUGUUACAAAAAAAUAUAUAAAAGUGCAGACGAAAUACAAAAAAAAACAAUAUUCGAGCAAAUUCCGCAAAGAAAAUUUUAACAAAAACACAUAACAAACCGAAUUAAAACUGAUAAAAAAAAACAAAAUUAACUUAUAUAUAACAACAAAUCAAAGAAACAAAAUAAUAAAUAAACCAAACAAAAUUCUUUAAGAAUUUUAGUUUUUUCUUUUCUAAAUUUUCCGUUUGUGUUUACGCUCAAAUUUACAUAUUUUUCCAACUAAAUUUUACAUCCAGAAAAAAAAAUUCUAUCUACCCUCAAGUAAAGAAAAAAAUCAAUUGAAAUAGUUAUGGAUAUUUUAAAGAAAAUGUUCCAACAAAACGAAGAGGAGGCCAAAAAGAAUUUGGAUUCGAAUGCUUCGGCUAAGGAUGAAUUCCGUAAACCGCAAUGGUUCGAAGAGGCCGAAACUGAUGAUGAACUAUUUGAUGAUGAUCGUAAAUUUGCAUUCCAAAUUUUCACCAAUCCCAUGGAAUUGCAAAAACACUUUGAAAGGCAAAUGCAGCAAAUAUUGGAAGCGGUUAGCGAAAUGGAAGGAGAUAAUGGCGUUGCUGUAGAAAAGAAUCUUAAGGAGGAGUAUUUAAAACCUGGCUUUGAAAGUGAAAUCCUUAAGGAAUUCGAAAAGCAAAAGAAACAAUAUUUCGAUACCGAUUUGGAUGGAGAAAUCUUUCCGGACCAACUGCAUUCUCUGAUACAACGAUUUGCCAACGGUGAGGGUGAGGUUUUAAAGCAUAUUACCGAAAAUGAAGCCCAUGGUAAUAUUUUGCCACGCAACGAUAAUAAGUUUUCGCGCAAUUGGAAAUCUAAACCCAAACUGAGCGACGAAGAAAUUAUAAUGGGUAAAAUACAUGGAACUUUGAUAGACGAAGAAAAAGAGGUGCGUAAACGUCCCGCACCGCCGUCUAUGAUGCCGCGUGGUCGCCCCGAUAUUAUGACACCCAUGACCCCCAUGAUGCCAAGGGGUUCAUUUGGUGGCGGAGCCUUUGAUGGCAACUACCAAGGUCCGAAAAUGUUUAGUCAAAGUGUUAUGACUAAAACUAUACGUAAGCCAGAUGGCACCUAUGAAACCACUAAAAUUACCCAGGAUUCACAGGGUAACAAGACAACUACUGUUACGCGUACGGUAGAUGGCAAGACCGAAACUGUAACCACUUAUGAUGGGGCCGCUGGCGGAGGGCCUGGCCAUAAUAAUAUGCUGCAAAAAAAACAUGAGGACAAACCGGAGGGCCAAGUGUAUUCGGAUCGCAACGUAUAUGUCUCGAAAGAAGGUUAUGCCUUACCACGGAACCUCUGGUGACCAGUGGUUGGCCAGUUGCAAAUCGAUAACAAUUUGCAAAACAAUAUUAAUAUUAUUAGUAUAUUUAAACAGCAACAUCAACAAUACCCAACAAAAAUAUUUAUGGACACUUUAUUCUUCGUAGAACAACUUUAUGUAGUUAUUAUUAUUAUUAUGAUUAUGACUGUAGUACUGCUACUACUACUACUUUUGGCUUUAGCUUCAACAAUUGUUUAUUUAUUAUUAUCAACACCAACAACAACAACUAUAACAACUUCGUCGUCAGUUUCCAGUGAGGCAAAUUUUGCAAAUUUAGUUUAUAGAUUCACUCGUAUUUGGUGUUUUAGAUGAAGAAAAUCUUAAUUGAGACUUGAGAAACAAAAUGGACAUUUUUAACUACUCUACUGUAUGUAACGCUACAAUUUAAUGGCAAAAAUAAUAAUAAUAAUGACUUUUUUUGUGAACAAAAGCAAAAUCAUCUUAAUUUGAUUGCAACAAAAGAGGUACAACAACAAAUUAGUCAUUAUUUUUUGUUAAACCACAAAAAAAUUGUAUUAAGAAAUUUGUUUGUCCUGUUGUUAACACAAUCCAAAAACAAACAAACAAA